CGCCCGCUUCUUCCCUCUUUUAUCUGCUCAUUUACUUUUCCUUCUCCACCUCUCGCGGAUCUUAUUGGCUGCGUAGUUCCUCCAUUUGUCCCCUCCCUUUCCUUUUUUUCGGUAUAUCAUCCGCCUCUUUCCUUGUGGAUCUCCAAAUCGUCUCUUCUUGCGCGGCAAUCUCACAUUCAUGCUUCCCGAGCACGACUUUCAUGGGUAAUUGAGUGUUUCAAGUGUGUGCUGGUAUUGUGAAGACAUCAUAUUUCGGUGGUCAAUACAAAAGGCUUUCAAAGUGAAAUGACUAAUUCUACAAAGAAUAUUGAUCCAGCAUAUGAAGGAGCUGGACAAAAAUUAGGAAUGGAAAUAUGGAGGAUUGAGAACUUCCAACCAGUGGCUUUACCAAAGUCUGAUUAUGGUAAAUUCUUCAGUGGAGAUUCAUACAUAAUUUUGCAGACAACUUCAAACAAAGGUGGUGGCUACCUUUAUGACAUCCAUUUUUGGAUUGGGAAAGAGUCUAGCCAAGAUGAAGCUGGGACUGCAGCAAUGAAGAGUGUAGAACUUGAUGCAGUUCUUGGAGACCGUGCUGUUCAACACAGGGAAAUCCAAGGACUUGAGUCCGACAAAUUCUUGUCAUACUUUAAACCUUGCAUCAUUCCUUUGGAAGGAGGAUUUGCUUCUGGAUUUAAAACACCGGAAGAGGAAAAGUUUGAAACACGACUCUAUAUUUGCAAAGGAAAACGAGUCGUCCGAAUGAAGCUGGUUCCAUUUUCUCGAUCAUCAUUGAAUCAUGAUGAUGUGUUCAUCUUGGAUACUGAAAAUAAGAUAUAUCAGUUCAAUGGUGCCAACUCUAAUAUUCAAGAGAGGGCUAAAGCUCUAGAAGUAGUACAGUAUUUGAAGGAUAAGUACCAUGAAGGAAAAUGUGAUGUUGCAAUUAUUGAUGAUGGAAAUCUCCAAAUUGAGUCUGACUCAGGUGAGUUUUGGGUCCUUUUUGGUGGCUUUGCUCCAAUUGGCAAAAAAGUAGUCCAUGAUGAUGAUAUUUUUAUAGAAACUACUGCUGGAAGGCUUUAUAGUAUCAAUGAUGGUGAGUUGAAUCUGGAGGAGUGUGUUCUUUCUAAAUCAAUCUUGGAAAGCAAUAAAUGUUAUCUGCUGGAUUAUGGAGCUGAGAUAUUCACUUGGGUCGGUCGGAUGACACAAGUAGAAGAGAGAAAAGCUGCCAGCAAAGCUGCUGAGGACUUCAUUGUCAGUGAAAAUAGGCCAAAGACAGCAAGAAUUACUCAAGUUGUUCAAGGGUAUGAAACACAUUCAUUCAAAUCCAACUUCGAAUCAUGGCCUGCUGGGACAGGAACUACUAUUAGUGAGGAUGGAAGAGGAAAAGUCGCAGCGUUGAUAAAGCAACAAGAUGUGGAUUUCAAGGGAGCAUCAAAGGGCUCUCCAGUAAAUGAGGAAAUUCCUCCUUUGCUUGAAGACAGUGGAAAACUUGAGGUUUGGCUCAUAAAUGGUGAUGCCAAGGAACCAGUUCCAAAAGAAGAGAUUGGUAAAUUCUAUGCUGGAGAUUGUUACAUUGUGCUCUAUGCAUAUCAUUCUGGAGAAAAGAAAGAGGACUACUUCUUGACUUGUUGGAUUGGAAAGGAUAGCACCCAGGAUGAUCAAUUCGUGGCUCUAGAUAUGAAUAAUAAGAUAUGGAACUCCUUGAAAGGAAGACCAGUGCAGGGAUGCAUAUUUGAAGGGAAAGAACCACCACAAUUUAUCGCACUUUUCCAUCCCAUGGUUGUUCUGAAGGGUGGAAUCGGCUCUGGAUAUAAAAGCUCGAUUGUAGAAAAAAACAUUAGUGAUGAAACUUAUUCUCCUGGUGCUAUUGCACUGAUCCAAGUAUCUGGUACAUCAGGUCACAACAAUAAGGGAAUGCAAGUUGAUGCGGUUGCGGCAUCCUUAAAUUCCUAUGAUUGUUUUGUUUUGCAAUCUGGGACUAUAGUUUUCAUAUGGAAUGGAAGUUCAAGUACUUUUGAACAGCAACAGCAGGCUGUUCAUACAGCAGAAUUUCUGAAGCCAGGUGCUACAUUUAAGCAUUGCAAAGAGGGAACAGAAAGCUCUGCUUUCUGGUUUGCACUUGGUGGAAAGCAAAAUUUUUCCAGCAAAAAGACCACCCAAGAUGUCGUUAGAGAUCCUCACUUGUAUACUUUUUCAUUUAAGAAAGGAAAGUUAGUGGUCACCGAAGUUUUCAAUUAUUCACAAGAUGAUCUGUUAACUGAAGACAUGUUGAUAUUGGACACCCAUGCUGAGGUCUUUGUCUGGAUUGGACAUUCCGUGGAUCACAUUGACAAGCAAAAUGCACUUGAUAUAGGACAGAAAUACAUAGAGCUUGCAGUGUCAAUCGAAGGGUUAUCCCCAAAAGUACCACUUUAUAAAGUCACAGAAGGCAAUGAGCCCUGUUUUUUCACAGCAUAUUUCUCUUGGGACCCUGCAAAGGCGAUGGUCCAAGGGAAUUCUUUCCAGAAGAAACUAACAAAUCUAUUUGGGACGUACGGUUCAGAGUCUAAAAAUAGAGCUGCUGGUGUCCAGCAUGAUGGACCAACUCAAAGGGCCUCAGCUCUGGCUGCACUUUCAUCUGCAUUUAAUCCUUCUCCAAACACAAGAUCCACAGUAGUAAGGCCUUCGCGGCCAAGCCAAGGCUCACAGCGCGCAGCAGCAGUCGCUGCACUGUCCACAGUUUUAACCGAGGAACAGAUGAAGGCAGAAGAAGAGGCCUCUGCGGCCCGAUUCAGAAGUCGUUCCCCUGGUCCACGUUUUCCUUCAGAGUCAGAGCAGUCGGUAGAUCUUUCUGCUGAAAGGGAAGCCAUGGAAAGUGAUGACUUCGAAGGAGAUCACAAUGAUGAAGAGUCUGAGGAAGCACAAGAAGAAGCAGAGAUUACUGAAAAUGUGGGUGAAUGCACAUUUAGCUACGAGUUGUUGAAAACCAAGUCCAGCGAUCCUGUCAGAGGAAUCGAUUAUAAACGAAGAGAGGCCUACUUAUCUGAUGCGGAGUUUGAGAGUGUUUUGGGUAUGACAAAAGAAACAUUUUAUCAGCAACCAAAGUGGAAGCAGGAUUUACAGAAAAAGAAAGUGGACCUUUUCUGAGCUGCAUUCCAGAAUCACAACUCAGCUUUUGUUUUCUUAUGGUGUUCUCCAGCAAAUGGCUGUCUGUUUAUUUAUUUAGAAUUCGUUGGCAUUCUUUUAUUUUUAGCAGUCAUCCAUAAGUUGGUCGAUCGAGUAGAUAGUUCUUACGUGAAUAGCCAUACGUCCACAUUUUGUAUUUAUCACAUACGCUGAUGGUAUUGGUACGGUGAAAACAGUUUUGUCAAGGCACAUUUGGCUA